CUUAUACGAGGGCUUCAAUUCAUAGGACCCCCUCUCCAUUACAACGUUCUCGUUUGCUCCUUCCCGUCUCCCCCAUCCUUUUCCGAUUCCCCGAGUUCUUCUCCAACCCCGGAGAGAGAGAGAGCAGAAGAAAAGAAAGAACAUAACAGAGCGAGAGAGGUCAUCAAGCCGGGGGAGAGGGAAUUGGAGUGGAAUUAAAGGUCGUCGGUGAUGGCGUUGAAGUUUUUGAACAAGAAAGGAUGGCACACGGGAAGCCUCCGCAACAUCGAGAACGUGUGGAAGGCCGAGCAGAAGCACGAGGCCAAGCAGCGCAAGCUCGAGGAGCUCCGCAAGCAGAUCCAGGAGGAGCGCGAGAGUUCCGAGUUCCGGCAACUCCAAGAACAAGCCGGCCUCGUCCCGAGGCAAGAGCGGUUGGAUUUUCUCUACGAGUCGGGUUUAGCGGUGGGGAAAGGGAGUUGCGAGGGAUUCAAGGCGCUCCAGCCCCCACCCCCGCCCGCUGCCCUAACAGCCGAGGCUAGUUCCUCCAAGGCAGCUGUUCCUGGAGCUUUAUUUGAGGAUAAGCCUCAGUCUGCAAAUGAUGCUUGGAAAAAACUCCACUCUGAUCCCUUGCUCCUUAUCCGACAACGUGGGCAGGAUGCACUUGCCAGGAUAAAGAAUAGUCCUAUCAAGAUGGCCAUGAUCAAAAAAUCUGUAGAAGCUGAGAAAGAGCAGAAGCAAGAAAAGGAGGAGAAACAUGAAAAGAAAAAACACUUGCACUACCGUAGCAAGUCAAAAAAUGAGAAGCAUUCAUCCAAUGUCCAUUCCAAGUCAGAAGACACAAGUGAAGUAGAGGAAGAGAGAACAAAGAGAUAUCGGGCAACAUCUGAGAGGCGAGAGCACAGCAAGUCAAAGCAUGAGAUGCAUUCAUCUAGAAUUCAUUCAGAUUCUGAAGACAAUAGCGACGUUGAGGUAGAGAGAACAAAGAGGCACCAAUCAAUGUCUGAGCAUCACCGAUGUGGCAACUCAAAGCAUGAUAAGCAUGCAGAUAAAGUUCAUUCAGAAUUAAAAAACAUGAGUGAUGGUGAAGAGAAAAGAAAGAGAUAUUUUUCAAUGUUGGAACAUCAUCAACACUGUUACUCAAAGCAGGGGAAGCAUUCAUCCAGAGGUCGUGCAGAGUCAAAAUACCAAAGUGAGGAAGAGGGCAAAAAGAGCAAUGUUUCAAAAUCUGAGCAUCAUCAUCAUAGUUCGGACCUUGGGAAAGGAAGCAAGCAGAAGGAAAUCGAUACCCAGAAUCUGCAACAGGAGCCAGGCUAUAAGCGACGUCAGGGUGUCCUGAAGAUGUCCGAGGAAGAGAGAGCAGCUUGGCUACGAGAAAUGCCACUCGAUGCAGAACUUCACGAGGAGCAAAGGUGGAAAAGAUUGAAGAGAGCAGCUGAGGCUGAUGCCCAGGAGGCAUUGCGGGCAACUACUUCAGCAGGCAAGACUUUCUUAGAUGCUGCCCAAAAGAGCAUUUAUGGAACGGAAGAAGGGGGAAGCUCUACAAUUGAAGAGAGCAUUCGUCGCCAUGCAUAUUAUUCACAAGGGGGGCUCUGCAGCCCAUGAAAGCAAUGCUUUCCAGCGGUGAGCCGUGUUGUGUGAUGUAUUUCAUUGGAUAAAUCUGGUAACAGUAUAAUGUAUUUACUGCCUUUGACAAAUUUCUUUAUGACUUCAUUGGUAUUGCUUUAUUCUGACGUCA